AUGCCCGAGUUUAUCCGGUACGUGUCAGUUUACACUGGUCCUCGUCUAUAUGCGAACCUCCAGGAUGAGUAUAAGGAAGCGAUUAGACGCCUGGAUCACGGAGUAUACGCCGUCGUCCAUAACGACGAGGAUAUUUCUCCUGAAGACGCCUACGUCAGAUAUGUUCAACUGCACUCGCACCUCUUGUUCAAGGUGAUCGUAGACCGAAAGUAUAUUCCAGUUGAUCAGAUCAUCCGUGCCGCUGCCUUCACUGCCUCCACCUGUCUGGAUUCGGAGGAUCCCAAACAAGCCCAACCUAUUGACCCGUUGGCCUCGUACACGCUUCGCGCCGUUGCUCUUCAUCUACACCCUGAAUUGGGACGUAUUGUUAGAGUUGACUGCCAGCGUCAUCCUCUCUUCAAGGGUAAUGAUAAGCCGACAACCGCAAUCCAGACCCGACGGUGGACCCCUGCGGAUAUUGACUCCCAAUACUCAACCUAUCCGAAAAGCUGUGCCGAGGAUAAGAAAUCCAAGAAAGCUCGCCAUCGGCGUCGCAAGGCCUGGGGAUCUCAUCCUGUAACAUUCCACAGGAACUCUUUUGGCGAUGUCGACAUUGUUGUCCAGCGUCCGGACAAGAACAUUCGGUACAUGCCGUGGACGAGUCAGGAGGCGGAUCAGGUCAAUUACUGA